AUGAAUCUUGAGCUCCUGGCACAGCAGUACCUUCCCAUAUCCCCACGACAUGUGAGUCUCCUGACGACGGAUGGUAGCGGGGGAAAUCCGGCUGCCGUGGUUGCCGUUUCGCCUGCUUUUGAUCCGACCAAUCGUUUGUUCUUUCUCGAGUGGGACGAUCCAAUGUAUGCGGCAAGCUUUCGCCUCACUCACGUCUCAGUGCCUGGUAGUAGUGUUACUGCCAUUGCCCUCAUGUUGUCUUCAGAAGGCGUGGUACACUGUGUUGUGCAAAGCCGAGCUGGAAAUGGCCCGGGAAAGGCGGGUGACGGCAGUGCUGUCACUUCAUAUGUGUUCCGUCGGACAGAAAAUAAUGAGGAAGAUGAUGAUUGCGAAGAAGAUAGGACGCCAGUAACGUACAGAAAACUCCCAAAAGCCAUUGAGGAUGAUGGUAGAGGCUGGACCACGGCUUUGCGUCUCUAUAGCGGCAGCAACAGGUUUGUCAGCGGUGGGGGCGGUGAGGGUCGGGUUGUGGUAGCAUGUGGAGGUCAACGGGGCGAGUCUAACGCCUUGAAGUUGCUUUCUAUGAGCGGCACGCGCAUGUCCGUUCAGCAGACGGUUGAGCUUCCGAUGCUGUCCACCUUCCCGGUGUUGCAGCUGCGUGAGAUAGACGGGGAUGCCUCCUCUGUGCUGGCCUUGUGCCACCAUGCAAUCCUGGAAGUUGACACCCGCAUGAAGCAAAGCGACAGCAUUGUGCGUGCCUGGAAGUGGACACCACACGAUCCUCUCAUCACCUUUGCGGUGAGGGACAACGCUGUUGUGGCCGGGACAGAGGAAGGAGUUCUUGUUGUGUGGGAUCUUCGUCUUUUGGCGGUGCGAGAGAAGAGCAGCGGUGCGGUGGACCACAGCCCCCCGUGCGGCGCACCGGUGACGGGGCUCCACAUGCCGCACAGUAUGGGCAUUUUAUCCUGCCAUGCCGAUGGCUCCGUUCUCACGUGGGACAAGCGCAGCACAACCGACGGCGUUUUCCGCUUCGCCCCAAGGCCCACGGACGCGCUGCCGCCUGUUUUUCUUGGGACCCCCGGCUGCGUGACGCUCGCCGCCGAAGAGCACCUUGCGGUGGUGGCAGAUGACUCCGGAACCCUCAGCGUGUUCUACGUGUCGUAG